GGACAAUGGAACUUCAAACCGCUCUGCAGCUGCGCAAUAGGCUACUGCACUCACAGCUGUACAGUGUUGUACACAUUGACCCCAGAGAAACAGAUGCAGAGGUCUGGACAAAUCAGCCCUCAUUCAGAAAUGGAGACGUUGCUAUAGAGUGGCAGGUAGACAGUCAGACUUUCCUUCACCUCUAUAGCUGUCACCGCACAGAUAUAUUCCUCCCUCACAGGCACCGACAGCAAGGUAACUACAGCUGUCCACACCUGUCACUCCUCCUCCACACCAGCUUCUCUUCACACCUCACUGCAAGUGUUCAGGAUGUAUCAGAUUGUUCCGGUCGCUCCUGGGGAGCAGCAGAUGGCCGGAGGACCCGGUGGUUCUCCGCUUAAGAAGAAACUGGCUCAUGAAGGCCGGCCCCUGGUGAUGGCGGGUAUGCUGGGCUGUGUGUUGGUCCUGGCUGCUGUAGUCGCCUGGUGCUACUACUCAGUAUCACUCCGGAAAGCCCACCUGCUGAAGACUGAGCUGUUAGACCUCAACAAGGAUGGUUUUAUCAUCCGCAACCAGGCAGGGGCUGUUAUCUUCACUAUGGCCUUCAGGUCUGGCGCUCUGGAUCUGGACUCCUGCUCAAAGGAGGGAAAUUUUCUGAGCUGCACUCAGUCAGAUUCUGGCAAACUCAACUUCUUCAUCCAGACAGUUCAUCCAAAGGACACAGUGAUGUGUUAUCGUGUUCGCUGGGAGGAGCUGCAACACAAGCACUCAGUAGAGCAUGCCAUGACCUAUAAUGAGUCUCACUGGUAUGGAGGGGCGGAGAUGGCAACACAGUACUGGCCUAUCAGGAUCCAAGGGGAAGAGGAACCGCGGCCUUUCAUCACCAGUGAUGUCUACUCCAAUAGAAACGCUUUUGGGGGAAUCCUGGAGCGCUACUGGCUGUCAUCAAAUGCAACUGCAAUCAAGAUUAAUGACUCGGUACCGUUUCAUUUGGGCUGGUCAGAAAAGAACAGCACACUGAGGUUCCAGGCCCGGUACCAGGACUCUUCUUUCAAACCACAAGAAGGACAGCAGGCUUUACCUGAACUCAGCUAUAGAGUCUGUGUGGGGUCGGAUGUUACCUCUAUUCACAAAUACAUGGUGCGUCGUUAUUUCGAAAAGCCCAUCAAAGUCCCGUCUCCUGAAGUUUUCAAACAACCCGUGUGGUCCACAUGGGCUCUCCACAAGACAGCUGUAACUCAAGAGAAACUGCUGCACUACGCCUCCGACAUCACCAAGCAUGGCUUCACAUGCUCCCAUCUGGAGCUGGACGACCGCUACACUGCCGACUAUGGAGAGUUUGACUUUGACCCACAGAAAUUUCCCAAUGUCAGCGGCAUGUUCGACAAACUCAGAGAGGACGGGUUUCAAGUGACGCUCUGGACGCAUCCUUUCAUCAACUAUGACUCCAUUAAUUUCGGUGUGGCCGUGGAGAAAGGGCUUUUUGUCCGGGAGCCGAGCGGUGAGCUGCCUGCUCUGGUUCGCUGGUGGAACGGGAUCGGAGGAAUCUUGGACUUCACCAACCCUGAUGCCCGUGAGUGGUAUUCCUCACAUCUGCGCAUGCUCAAAAGCCGCUACGAUGUGACCUCCUUCAAGUUCGACGCAGGAGAGACAAGCUACCUCCCCCGUCAGUUCAGCACCCUGAUCCCGCUGUCUGACCCCUCCACCUUCAGCCGCCGCUAUACAGAAAUGGCCGUGCCGUUCAGUGAGCGCGCUGAGCUCAGGGUGGGUUACCAGAGCCAAAACAUCUCCUGCUUCUUCAGGAUCAUCGACAGAGACUCAGUAUGGGGUUACGAGCUCGGCCUCAAGUCCAUCAUUCCAACUGUGCUGACUAUUAGCAUUCUGGGCUACCAGUUUAUCUUACCUGAUAUGAUUGGAGGAAAUGCUUACCCCAACCGCACCACAGGUGGGUUUAAUGAUAAAAGUGGUCUGCCAGACAGAGAGCUGUACAUCAGAUGGUUGGAGCUGUCUGCAUUUAUGCCUGCAAUGCAGUUCUCCAUACCACCGUGGGCCUAUGACAAUGAGGUUAUACAGAUAGCGCAGAAGUUCACGGAGCUCCACGAGACUCUGGUGGCCCCGAGGGUUCUUGAACUUGCAGGCGAAGUUCUCGAUACAGGAGACCCGAUCAUCAGGCCCCUCUGGUGGAUCGCCAAUGACGACGAGGCCGCCUAUAAGAUUGACUCCCAGUUCCUGAUCGGGGAUGACCUGAUGGUGGCGCCGGUGUUAGAGCCGGGAAAGCAAGAGAGGGACAUCUACCUGCCUGCAGGACGAUGGAGAAGCUACAAGGGGGAACAUUUUGACAAAGGCCCCAUGUACCUCACUGACUACCCUGUGGACCUGGAUGAGAUCGCCUUCUUUACAUGGGUUCACUGAAGACAUCAAAGAAUUAAAGACGCACAAACUCACACACAUACGCACACAUGCACAUUCUCUUGAGCACACAUGCCAAGAAAUAGCAGCAGAUGUUUGUUUUACUAAAGGGAAAUUGCCACUAGGGAUUUGCUUCCAAAGCAGAGUGUGAUUUAGGUGAAGUUUCACCUCAUGUUUCUUUAUCUGGCCUUCUGUCUGAAGAUUAUAACCCUCCAUCCGAACAAUUAGAAUCCACUUCUGAUUCUCUUUUUGCAUCAUAAGCUGAUCCUCAUCCUCAUGUGCCUUUCCACAGCCGAUAGUAAAACUGAUCUCAGAUUGUAUCAUCACCGCAGUCUUCCACCUAAUGAAGAUCCCAAAUGUUCCUCAAAGCCUCAAAAUGGUUUGGGGUUUGGAGUCAUAGUUCUCUUAAUUUAUUACCAAGUGACUUUUAUUUCAGGAUAGAUAAGAUAAUUGUGCCAUGAGCUGCCUGUCUUGUGGCUGCCGAUGUUGCGCACUGAACUGGCAAUAAAUGUGUUCUCCGAGUUGAACAGAGGCACCUUUGUUUAGAGGGCAGGCCUAAACUUAUGCUUCUCAACUACCUACGAUUAAGCUAAAAUUCAUUAACAUUGCACUAACAACUACAUCUAAAUAAUCAUCUAAUGUCUUUUAUUUAAAUUUUUUUUUUUUUUUAACUUGGGGAUAGUAAUUGAUGUAUGCAGAUACAUGUGCUUCUGGGUUACAUAAGAGGUACUUGUCAUGUUUAACAAACUGCACAUGUUUAACAAGUUAACGUCUCUUGACUUCUUGUGCCAUUCUGUAAAUGCAGUGCCAAAAUCAACAGCUUUAUGCUUUCUUUUCCAUCCGCACAAGUUAAAUUCACUGCUCAGGGUACAUAAAGACACAUUUAAGAUAAACUAUUUUUUUUCGCAGCAAGAUAUUUAUGAAACUGCAACUGAUUUGCCUUGUGGAACAUAUUGUUCUCAAACAUGCUGUAUUGUAGUAUGCCGUCCGUUUCUGCCUUGUGACUUUAUUAGCCUUAUUAGCUAAACAAACCAAUGCCAACCUUUGCACAGACGACCCUUACAGUGAGGAAAUCCUCAUGUCUGUGCACAGUGACAGGCUUGAUGCUUUGCAACUUUACAUUUUCUUGAGUAUGAACAUUGCAACGUGCACGAGAAGUUUUAUUGUAAAAUGAGACACCUGAACAUGUUUGUCUGAUCGCUAGCACGAGAGUAAAGCACACUAGCUAAAACAUCUAAAUGGCUUGCUUGUAACUAAUUAUAUUAGAUAAUGCUAUUACUGUGUGUAGAAUUGCAGUGGGAUUGAUGCAUCUUUUAAAUGGUUCUGCUGCUUUUUGUUGGAUGACAAAAUCUUGCUGUAAACUGUCUUUGUGUUGCUUUCCUACCACCAAACUACUACAUAGAGUGGCUUUUACUAUGAAAUUACACAGCAACACUCCAAAAUGCAUAAUCAUUUGGAAUAACUUUAUUAAUCUUUGUGGCAGGAAGGUAGAGAAACUAGAUGAAGAGAUGUUCACAAUGCUGUGAAAUGUCAUAUACGCACCGAUAAACAUCAUUUAAAAGAUUUUGUCAAAACUCUGAAUAAAUUAACCAACCAAUA